UGAGCUUUCUGUUCAUGGAAUUUAAUUGGUCAUUAGAAUCUAUAUUCGAAACUUAAACAAAAAUAUUCGAAACUUAAAUUAAAAUUUUUCCUAAUAUACGCACUCUGUUACUUCUUACAAGAUGUUAACAUCAGUGCAUUUCUGCCUUCUUUUAUUCGUUGCAACUAGAAUAAUAUACAGUCAAGCAGCGUGUUCGUGCGAGCAACCCGAUUCCACCUUCGCAACUGGUGUCAACUUAAUCUAUUAUAAAUGCAAUGGUGAGACUCCUAAUGCGACAAUCACCUAUCCCAUCACAGCUCCACAAGGUUUAGUAGGUGUCUUAGAUCCUAAUAAACGUACAAUAUUUUAUGUCUUCGGAUUUUGGCAAACGCCGACUGACAGCAAUGUUGAAACAAUGACCAAAGCACUUUGUUAUGGAGAUACUGAUAAUGUCGUGUUAUUGGAUUGGAGCAAAUAUUCCACGGAUAUCAAUUAUGCAAGUGCCUUUAAGAACGCCGAAGGAGUGGGAAGUUUAUUCGCUCAAAGUUUACAACUCCUUAAGGAUAACAAUUUCAAUACAAGUACGAUUUAUAUUAUCGGGCACUCCUUAGGCGCUCAUAUAAGUGGUUUGGCUGGCAAAUGCACAAAUUUCACUAUACCUCGCAUUACAGGAUUGGAUCCUGCGAAUCGUCUCUGGUAUCCUACUGGAUGCUAUCUCAAAUCCACAGACGCGUCAUGGGUUGACGUUAUUCACACGGACAUGGGUGUAUGGGGUACUCCUGAAUGUAUGGGAACAGCAGACUAUUUCGCAAACACUGGCACUACUGUACAACCCGGUUGUCCAUUUAAUUCGACAUCACAAGGCAUCAUAGGCAUAGUGGUUUGUAGCCAUCAAAUGUCAGUCGUGAUAUACGCAGAAUCAAAGUAUAAUCCUGACGAAUACGUAGCAGUAUGCUGUUCUUCUUUUACUUCGUUUAUGUUAAAUGUUUGUAAGACUAACGCAAAAACUGGUGUUGGAUAUGCAGCAUCGAAUGUGACUGGGACAUAUUACUUCAAUACUACAGGGUCACUAUUCUAAAUGAUAACCGACCACGCUGGUCGGUCUCGCAUUAAGAGGCAUGAUGACUAUUUGUCCGCAGUACUUAUAAUAUAAAUAUGUGUGCAGUAUAUAAAAAGAAUAUAACUAUAUAGAUAUGAUUAUAAUCAUAGUACUUACUGUAAUAAAUAAACACACGUAUAAUAUGUGUGUUUCUAUGUGUGCAAAA